GGAUAUUUAGCUUAUUUGACAUAGAGAUUUUUGGUUCUUUAUAAUUUGAAAUUAACAAGAAAUUACCGACACAUAAGAAUAUCAGUACAGUAUGUCCGAGUCCGAAAAGAUCACUUUAACCCAAGAAGAAAUGGACUGCAUUAUCUACGAUGCCAGAGAAGGGGACUUAGAAUCGUUGAAAGAGAUUUUUGCCGAAUACCCUGCUGAUCUUUUAUUGACAAUCAAAGACGAUAUAACUUUGAGUACACCUUAUCACAUGGCAGCUGCCAAUGGACACUUAGAAGUCAUCAAAUACUUGUUGUCCAUUAUCCCAAAGGAAGACGCUAUCAAAUUGGCUAAUCAGAAAAACGAAAGUCUUAAUACCCCGUUACACUGGGCAGCCUUCAAUGGACAUUUGCCUAUUGUCCAAUUACUUUGUGAAGAAUACAACGCCGAUGUUUAUGCCAAAAACGAAACAGGACAUGAUUCCAUCUUCGAAGCCGAAAACAACAAUAAAGAAGAAGUCGAAAACUGGCUUUUGAAUAAAUACGCCGUCGAAGAUGGUUUCAAAGUCGAGGAUCAAGGUGAAAAUACAAAAAUCACUUAUACUCCCGGUAAAGAAAGUAAAGAAGCAGACGACAGAGCUAAGGAAGCCGCCGCGGCCGCUGCCUCUUCUUCUGAUGACAUAAACAAACAAACCGCUGACUUAAGCAUCCACUAGGCAUCCCUUCACUUCUCUCCUCCCAUAUAGAACCUAAUAUACUUGUACAUUAU